AUGGCCAAGAAGCUCAACCCUACACAAUUCACAAAAGCGGUCAUGCGCUCUUUCAUGAAAGACUCGGGUCUAGAACCUCGACUUCUUGGAAAACAUUUCCGUGUUCUAAGCGCCACUGAAGGCAAAGUCGAGUUUGAGCUUGACAUCCAAAAAGACCACACCAACCGUCUGCAGACCAUUCACGGCGGUACCCUUGCCAGUCUCGUCGAUCUUGGUGGCUCACUCGCUGUCGCUUCAACGGGCCGGUUUGCAACUGGCGUGUCAACUGACCUGAACGUGACGUAUCUGAGUCCGGGAGGCCGCACAGGCGAUGUUCUAAAGGGCACUGCCACUCUCGACAAGAUCGGCAAAACACUUGCUUUCACCCAGGUGACCUUUACCAACAGCAAGGGACAGCUUGCUGCGAGGGGAAGUCACACAAAGUAUGUGACGGGAACAAUGGGUGAGGCGGGACCUUAUGUCGCCCCCGCGGAGUUUUCGGAUGUGGAUUAG